CACGACAGGCUGCGGUAUAAUUUGAAGUAGCAAACUAGUUCUGAUACCCUGCUUAGUUAACACCGGUGGUUGCCCUCGCCCCGCUCCAUCCGAGUAUCGACAUGUAGGCAAAUCACCGUAAACAAUCAGCUUCGUGACUAGUCGAAAUGCCGCGUGUAGCUAAGGGGAAAAAGAAGGCGCAAGGGGUGGAAGUGGAUGAGGUUGCUUCACUCCUCACCGCCAUCCAUCAGCAAGGCCUCAGCGAAGCAGAUAUCUUACGCAUCUUGAAGGUGGACAGGGUCCUAUGCGAUCAUUUAAAAAGCCCAUGCCGGGCCAACAAGAAGGAUAAUGUGGCAUGCUUUUGCCAACUGGUGCCGGCCGAGACAUCCUAUCGGAAAAAAGGCCUGUGGCAAAAGGAACAGACAUACCUAAAUUCUUUGGGCGCAGAUCCAGUGGAGCAACGACGUGAGAACUCCGCCGAUCCCGCGGGCCUCCGCAACUUGGGCAACACCUGCUACGCCAACGCAGCCUUGCAGUGCCUGUUCUCCAUUCCCAGCCUGCGCAACGUCAUCUACCACGCAGAGCCGCAGGUCGCGGCGCACGACAUUUUCCGACAGCUGCAGUCCCUGUUCCUGCAGCUGCAGUUUGGCCCGCAAAAGUCCGUGGAUACGGAGGCGCUGGCAAAAACGCUGGGGCUGGAUCAUGCGGUCCAGCAGGACGGCCAGGAGUUCCUGAAGCUGCUGCUCAUGCGUGUGGAGCAGCUGCUGAGCAAGUCAAACGACCCGGCGGCCAGAGGGCUGGUACGGCAGCUCUUCCGCGGGGGCCUGUCGUACGUCACCACCUGCCAGCGCUGCGGUCGCGACUCCCCCAGCUCCCGCGACGUGCAGGACUUCUACGACCUGAUGCCGCAAGUGCGCGGCUACACCGCCCUCACCACCAGCCUGGCCUCCCUGCUGCACCCCGAGGCCCUCACCGGUGACAACCAGUACCGCUGCGAGUUCUGUGCGGCCAAGGUGGAUGCGCUGCGGCGCGUGCGGCUGCGCAGCCUGCCGCCCUACCUGUGCCUGGCGCUGCAGCGGUUCUACUUUGACCCGCGGACCGCGGACAAGGCCAAGGCACUCGACAAGUUCAGCUUCCCGCUUCACCUGGACUUCCGCCGGGUGCUGCGGGAGGCGGCAGCGGCAGCGGAGGCCGCCACAGCAGCAGUAGCCCCCAGCGGAGGCGGAGGUGCCGGCGCAGGGGACAAGUCCGGGCCAGCAGCAGCAGCAGCGCCUGCAGCGGCUGCAACAGCUACAGCUGGCCUGGAGGAGGUUCCCGAGUUCGCGGCCGGCACCCCCGCGUACGAGCUGGCAGGCAUCCUGAUUCACAAGGGCUCCCAGGCUAGCAGCGGACACUAUGUGGCACACAUUAAGGACCAGGCGUCGGGGCAAUGGUGGCGCUUCGAUGAUGAGUCGGCGGAGUGCAUCGGCCCCUACCCCACAGCGGCCUUCCAGCAAGACCACGGCGCCAGCAGUGCAGCGGCUGCUGCUGCUGCUGGUGCUGCGGGAACCGGGGGGAGUACGGAGACCGGCGCCGGGGAUACCAAGAAGACCACAGGCGGCUCACGCCGUCGCCCCGUGGCCAUCGGUGACGACCCCAGCAGCGACGACCCGGACUAUGAAGACGCGGAUUCGCGGUCUAGGGAGCUGCCGCCAGGGGACGAGGACGCGGGUGAGCAGUCUGCGGGCGGCAGCAGGGGGGGCCGAGGCAGGAAGCGAGGAGCGCCCAGUCGCAAACGCGGCGGAAGGCCAGCCAAGCGCGGGGGCGCCGCCGCCGCUGCGGGUGCGGGCGGCGGCGGCCGCGGUCGCAGCCGGCGUGGGGCAUCUGCUGCUUCCAGAGAUGGGCAGGAAGACGGUGAGGAUGAGGAUGAAGAGAUGCAGCGUGCGAUGCGGGCUUCCCUGGAGUUGAUGCAGCAGCAGCAGCAACAACAGAACGACAGCGGUGCUGACUGUGGUGUCGCGGAGGGGGAGGGGGAGGAGGACGAGGAGGAGGCUGCCGUACGACGCGCCAUGGCUGCCAGCAUGGUCGGGCAGCAGGGACGCGGCCCGGAUGAGGAUGCAGUGAUGGCGGCGGUGAUGGCGGAAAGCGCCCGGGCGCAUGCGCAGACGGAGGCAGCAGCGGAGGCGGCAGCAGCGGUGGCAGAUGCGGUUGACGGUGGGGUGCUUCCCGCUGCGGCUGCAGGCGUGAAGGAUGAGAUGGCGGAGGAAGCGGCGGAGGUGCUGCCGCCGCCGUCGCGGCGGAGACCGCUGCCUCGGGGGGCGGCAGCAGCGGCGACGAAGCAGCAGGAGCAGCAAGCAGCAAAGGUGGCGGCGCAACGAGCUGCCAUGGAGGGUUCUCAGAAGGGAGAGCCGCCGCUGGGGGCCAACAGUCCGGUCAUUGUGUCAGCCAACGCCUACAUGCUGGUAUACCGCGCAGUGGGCUUCGUGGAGCCGCCAGCCGUGGCCCAGGUGUCAGAUCUGCUGGUUCCGGAGCUGCGAGAUGCGGUUUCGGAGCUGGCGGCGGCCUUCAUGGAGCAAUGUGAUGUGUAUGUACGGCAACGGCAGGCGCUGAAGGACCAGGUGGAGGCACGCCGCCGCGACGUGCGGGAGGUGAUGACCCACAUCGCCCCCGGCCAGACAGCGCAGCAGCCCUCCUCCUCCUCAGCAGCAGCAGCAGCUGCCUCCCAGUCGCCCUGCAACGCCUCUCCCUCCCCGCCUCGGUUGCUACCAACGCAGCAACAGCAGCAGCAGCAGCUGCCGGAGCAGGCUGCGGGCGCCCAAGCAGAGGAGCCCAAGGGAAACAGCAGCGAGGGGAGCGAGGGGAGCGACCGGAGCAGUCCUGGUGCUGCUACUACUGCUGCUACUGCCGCGGCAAUCCCCACAAACACGUGCGGCUUCUGGGUUGCUACGUCUUGGCUUGAGCGCUGGGCUAACGACGAGGGCGGGCCUCCGCCCAUUGACAACAGCCCCAUCGUGUGCAUGAAGCACGGGCUGGCAGAUGGGGCGGGUGGUGAGGGUGGGAGUGCUGGAGCAGCGGCGACCCGUGGGUCACGGCUGGACCCGCGCAAGGUGACGUCCGCGAAGCUCGUCUCGCCGAGUGCUUGGGUCAAGCUCCAGGCCACUCACGGCGGCGGCCCCACGCUGGCCGCUGGCGACGUGUGCCUGGAGUGCCUGUCGAGCUCCUUCAGCGCCGCGCUGCUGGGAAGCCAAGCGGACGGGGUGCGCAUGCGGGUAGCGGCGCUGCUGGAGGAGACGUCGGGGGCCGCAGAGGCGCUGGGGGACGGCGAGGACGCGGGUGCCAUGGUGGUAUGCGGGCAGGAGGAGGAGGAGGACGGCGGCGGUGGCGGUGGUGGUGCGGCGGGAGGAAGGCGCUACUGGGUAUCUCGCAGCUGGCUGCAAGGCUGGUCUCGGCGGCAGGGCGCCUCCAUCAAGGCGGAGCAGUCCCCCACCGCCGCCCUGCUCUGCCCACACCGCCAACUGCUGCCCGCGUCCAUCGUCAAAACCGCACGUCGCAUCGCCGUUCCUGCGGACAUCUGGUUCUUCCUGCGCGACCUCUGGCGGCAACAGAAGCUGCAGGAGGCAAAGGACGAGGCCAGCGCCGCUGCUGCUGCCGCCGCCGCCAAUGCCUCCUCCGUGUGUUGUCUGGACCUGACGGAAGAAGACGAACCGCAACGGCCCCCGGCCACAGCAGCAGCACCCGCUGCUGCGUCCAGCGCAGAAGACGAAGACGAUGACGUAAUAGACACGACGCCGGAGCCGCCGCCGUCGGCGGCUGCGGUAGCAGCGCCGACCGCCAAGAUUCCCACCCCGCAGGAGCUAGACACCCUGUGCCCGGAGCUGCUGGUAGGGCGGACGCGGGAGUGCGCUGCAUGCCGGGUCUCAGCGGGCGAGGCGGCGGUGGCGCAGGCGGAUAACAGGAAGCAGCUGGAGGCGGAGCGUACGGCACUGGGGGGGCUGGCGGCUGAGGUUGUGCCGUACCUGGAGGCUGGGGAGCGCUACUUCAUGGUGCCCAGUUCAUGGGUACGAGAGUGGCAGCUGUACGUCAAAGGAGGUGCGCCCCGGAGCCGAGGAACACCCGCUGCCGCCGUCGCAACUCCUGGUGCCAACCCGGGCUCCAGUGCUGCCUCAGCAACCGC